AUGGACAAUACCAGAAUGGGCUCCUUUUUGGACUAUACAAUAUGUAACCGUGGAACUAGUGCCUACUCACCCAGAGGGUACCACCACUUAGACCAAGGGGCACCAUCCUUUUCAGCAUGCCCAGGUACCAGUGACAUUUAUAGCGGUGAUGGACGUUUUGCAGUGGGAGGAACGGGUACAAUCUCCAACCAGUUACCACAGCAGAGCCACGGCUACCACCAUCACCCUGCAAGCACUAAUCUGGCAUAUGCCAGCUCCAUACCAAGUUACACUUCACAGAACUGCAGCCAGGGCUAUGGGCACCAAGUGUACGUCAGCCAAGAAGCAGAGGGAGUUUAUUUUCAACAACAGCCUUAUUCCGCCAACACAACUACUAACAUUGGCUCAUUGUCAGAAGGAUACUGUGGAGCAGUGCCAGGGCCGGCUCAUUACCAACAGCACCCGUAUGGGCAGGAGCACCAAUGCUUGGUACAGGGUUACCCCGACCAUUCCCCGUUGCUGCAUGAUGACAAGGACAUCUCCUGCCAGCCUGAACAAGCAGCAUCUAACCCCACGUUUGAGUGGAUGAAAGUAAAGCGGAAUCCGCCGAAAACCUCCAAACCCGCGGAUUACGGAUUAACGUCUCCACAAAAUAGCAUGAGGACCAACUUCACCACCAAGCAGUUGACCGAGCUGGAGAAAGAGUUCCACUUUAACAAGUACCUGACCCGGGCCAGGCGGGUGGAGAUUGCGGCCACACUGGAACUGAAUGAGACUCAGGUGAAAAUCUGGUUCCAGAAUCGGAGGAUGAAGCAGAAGAAAAGAGAGAAGGAAGGACUCAGUCAGGGUGUCAGUAAGAGCUCAUCAGCAAAGGAGAGCAGUGAGAUCUCAGACCUCUGCUGCUCUACUUCCCCUGACACCUCUCCAAACUCUGUGUAGAGGAAGCACACGGACAGCCCCCACCUGGGAACAGAAUGUUGCGCAGAUGAUGUAAAUAGUUUAUUUUCUUCGGCAAAUGCCUUAUUUAUAUACAGAAAACAGUUUACAAAGCAAAACAACAACAACAAAAAUCGUGGCCACUGAACAAAAGGGAGCUGGCUGGCUCCUCUCAGGGAAACCCCAUAUUUUUAGGGGAGCUGCACAUUCAGGCAUCUCCAUUAGGUUGCUGAUCUGCUCACCUAUACACGAGUCCGAUGUAUUGUAUAGGAUUGAUGGUCACGUGUUCUCCUACUCACAAAUGUUGUUAUUACCAAUACUCCAUAAUGAAUGCUUGUGUUUCUGCGCGGAUAUAUUUAUAGUCACACACAGACUCAUUGUUACUGUAUAUAUGACGAUCGUUGUAACACGUGAUGCCUUUCAAAAAUAGUUUGCACUAUACCUAAUAUACAUUUCAGAACACAGGUUUUAUUAAUAGAUGCGAUAAAUUGGAAAAUUAGUGCCUGUGACCAAUAAGGGUUGUGUCCAAGAACGAAACGAUAACCCCGAUUUAUCACACCUCUAGUAUGUUUUAAUAUAGUAUUUCAUUUAACAGUAUCUGCUAAA